GGUGAAAAAAAUGUUCACCCACUACGUCAAGAUGCCAGUCACCAAAGAAGCCUUGGAAGUUGUGGAGAGGUGCAUGAACGUGUAUUUCAAGCAACUGAGCAACGACCUGGACGCCUACGCGACUCACGCGCGACGGAAGAUGGUCGAUCCGGCUGAUCUGGAACUCCUCAUGAAGCGGCAAGGACUGAUAACAGACAAGAUGCCUCUACAUGUCCUGGUUGAGCGACACUUACCUUUCGAGUACCGGAAGCUGCUGAUCCCGAUCGCCACAAGCGGGAACAAAGUGAUCCCUCAGAAGCCAACGUGAGAAGCUGAAAGAACAUUUCUCCUUUGGAGUAAGCAGUGGAGGAAGAUGUUCUUAUAAGGCUCUGGACGAGAGUGGAUGUAGAUUUGUCCGUAAGACAGAUC